UUCCAUAGAACUUCGGCUGCAGCUGCACGGUCGACAUGGCGACCGAGAAAAUGCAACGAUAUUUGCCUAAAAACAGCUGAAGAUUGACCACGUUCAAUCGGAGAUUGUUAUGUACUUCACACUGUGUGCUGAAUGUCCACGAUGUCUGAAAAUAUUUAAGAAUAUUGAUGCUUUGAAGAGUUUUUUUGAUUCCAGUGGAAUCUGUAGGAUUUUUGUUUCUUUUUGUUUUUAAAAAAACAAAAAAGCUAACACAUACAUACACUCAAGAAAGUUAAGAUCUCAAGACGCAGUUUCCAUAUAGCUCACGUCCGUUAAAAUGCCCGUACAAGCCCCACAAUGGACCGAAUUCCUUUUGUGUCCGAUCUGCACCCAAACGUUCGAGGAGACCGUCCGCAAGCCCAUCAGCCUGGGAUGCGGCCAUACCGUCUGCAAGAUGUGCCUGAACAAGCUGCAUCGGAAAGCCUGCCCCUUCGACCAGACCACCAUCAACACCGACAUCGAGCAGCUGCCUGUCAACUCCGCUCUGCUGCAGCUGGUUGGUGGACAGGUGCCCAAGCUGCAGCCCCUCACCCUGCUCACGGGUGCAGAGGACACCAAGCACUAUGAUGAGGCCCGCAAGUGCGUGGAGGAGCUGGCUCUUUACCUCAAACCUCUCGGCAGCACCAGAGGUGAGCCACACUGCACGGGGGUGGGUCUGAACAGCGCGGCCCAGAGCAUGCUGAGCCGGCCCAUGCAGCGGAAGCUGGUGACGCUGGUGCACUGUCAGCUGGUGGAGGAGGAGGGCCGCAUCCGGGCCAUGCGGGCGGCCCGGUCCCUGGGCGAGCGGACCGUGACCGAGCUCAUCCUGCAGCACCAGAACCCCCAGCAGCUCUCCUCCAACCUGUGGGCCGCCGUGCGCGCCCGCGGCUGCCAGUUCCUGGGCCCUGCUAUGCAGGAAGAGGCCCUGAAGCUGGUUCUGCUGGCUCUGGAGGACGGAUCGGCACUGUCGCGGAAGGUUCUGGUUCUGUUUGUGGUGCAGAGGCUGGAGCCCCGCUUCCCUCAGGCCUCCAAAACCAGCAUCGGACACGUGGUGCAGCUGCUGUACCGGGCCUCCUGCUUCAAGGUGACGAAGCGAGACGAGGACUCGUCCCUGAUGCAGCUGAAGGAGGAGUUCCGCACGUACGAGGCCCUGCGGCGGGAGCACGACUCGCAGAUCGUGCAGAUCGCCAUGGAGGGCGGCCUACGCAUCGCCCCUGACCAGUGGUCCUCCCUGCUGUACGGGGACCAGUCCCACAAGUCCCACAUGCAGUCCAUCAUCGACAAGUUACAGACCCCGGCGUCAUUCGCUCAGAGUGUGCAGGAGCUCACCAUCGCUCUGCAGAGGACUGGAGACCCAGCCAACCUCAACAGGCUCAGACCGCACCUGGAGCUGCUGGCCAACAUCGACCCCAGUCCAGACGCUCCACCCCCCACCUGGGAGCAGCUGGAUAAGGGCCUGGUGGCGGUUAAGACCGUGGUGCACGGCCUGGUGGACUUCAUCCAGAACCACAGCAAGAAGGGCAGCGACCAGCAGCAGGUCAGUUAUCCUCCGCAGCACAGCAAGUACAAGACCUACAUGUGCCGGGACAUGAAGCAGAAGGGCGGCUGCCCUCGUGGAGCCAGCUGCACCUUCGCCCACUCCCAGGAGGAGCUCGACAAGUACCGCAAAGUGAACAAGCGGCUGGCGGCUCGCCGGCCCCUCAGCCAGUCGCUGACCCAGCUGAAGGAGGUGGGGCUGCCCUGCUCCCCCGGCAUGCAGCAGGAGGACGAGAGCAUGGAGGUGCUGGGCCGCAAGCCCUCCUCCCUGACCAACGGCAUCGUGGCGGCCGGGCCCGGCUCGCCGCUGACGCAGCUCAUCUCCCGCGGCGCCGACCCGGCCUACAACCCCGGCUGCAAGCCCGUCAAGAUAGACGCGGUCAGCCUGAGCGCGCCCGGGUCUCCCCCUGACUCUUUGGACACCAAAGUGAUGGCCAUGAACCCCCAUGGCUUGUCCCACCCGAGGAUGGAGAGCCUUUCCAUGCACAAGCAGCUUCCCGUGGUCCCCAGGGGACCCCAGAUGUACCCCCAACAGCAGCCUGAGAUGUUCUACCAAGAGUCCAGACCGCCAGCCUCUGCGUCGCAGUACGAGACCUCCCAGUACCCCGCGGGUAACCCCUACCCCUACCAGUCCUCACAGUAUGUCCAGCGCUACAUCCGAAACGCGCCCCCUCCCAGCGAGCCGGGCAUGCCCCCGUACCAGGACCCGUACCCGGGCCCCUACGCUCCGGAGCGCCCCUACCCCGCCCCUCAGUCGGGCCCCCCGUUCUCCGCCAUGACUCAGCACGUGUACCCGCCUCACUACGACAACCGCCGCCACUCGCCCUACGCCGGGCCGCCGCCCCAGCCCUUCGCCCCGCGCGACGAGCCGGUCAGGAUGAGCCCCGUGCCCGUCGACGUGCCCCCGCCGCCCCCGCCUCCCGCCGCGGGCUCCCCCUACCUGUCCGAAUCCUCUCGGGACAGGUACCCCCCAGAGGCCUACUACCCCGUCGGCCCCCACCACAACCAAAUGAGGCCGUACGCCAGGGACCCCUCCCGCUCCCAGCACAGUCUGGAUUACCUCCACCGCAGACGCAAGGAGAUCAUGGCCCAGCUGGAGGAGAGGAAGGUCAUCUCUCCCCCUCCCUUCGCCCCCUCGCCUACACUGCCCCACACUUUCCCCACCAACUACCCGCAAGAGUAUAUGGAAGAGAACCCUCAAGCUUUUGGGAAGUGUCGAGAGCCGGACUAUCCUGGCCAGUACUCCCCCUGGUCAUGUGACACCAUCGGUUCCUAUAUUGGCACCAAGGAAGUCAAGUCCAAAGACGUCAUGGCCGGUGGUGCCGUAGAAAUGAUGAAUGUAGACAACAAAGGCUUAAGGGAGGCAGCCGUGGACAUGCAGCGCCGGCCGGCCGAGGCCAAAGAUGACGACCCCAUCAUCCCCUUCGGCCCGCUGCCCACCGUGUCCCGCUUCGGAGCCAUCUCCCGCACCUCCAAAACCGGCUACCAAACCACCGGGCCGGUGCAGGCCAUGGCCUCCUCACAGGGAUCUGCCACCAAACACAUCACUGUAGCAGCUGAUUACACGUAUGGGAAUCAUGGAGGCUGGGGCGGAGCCCCGUACCCUCAGCACCAAAACAUGACUUCUCAGGGACACUUCAGCGAGCGUCUGCCCAUCCCAGCCCAGGACAGAGAGCAGCUGAAGAUGGAACUCCAGCAGGUCAACCAGCAGAUCAACCAACAGACCCAGGUCCGCAGUAUGGAGGCUGUCAGCAGCGGCCUGUUGCUGCAGAGGGAGGCGGGCUCUCUGGCUGCCCCUCCGGGGCCGGGCGAGUGGUCGGCCGGGAGCGUCUCCAGCGAGCAGCUGAGCCUGGAGCUGCACCACGUGGAGCGAGAGAUCGGCAAGAGGACCCGCGAGAUAGCCAUGGAGAAUCAUGUGGCUCACGAUGUGAAGUACAAGCUGAAGGCUGCCGAGAAUGGGCAGCCUGACCACAAGGUCCAGCGAGACGACCACCCCAUGACGCUCAGUGAGGGCUCAAACGGCUCUAGCGGGAUGCUGGCGGACGGCGGCAGCAUGGCGUCUCUGACCGGCAAGGCGUCCGCCCUCAGCCUGUCCUCUGACCUGGGGCCCGGCGGCUCAGACCUGCAGAACGGGGUGGUCCACCCCUGCUCCUGAGCGCGGGGGCCACUAACACCACUAACCGCAGGGCCACCGUGUGACCCCCGCCCUCACUGUUUGUGAGCAUUGUAGACGCAGUUCCUUCAGCUUCAGUCUGGUGCACCCCAUCCACGUCGGCAGAAAGGCCACCGCUCCUCUCAUCGCUGAGGCUUAGGGACCAGCAGCUUUCUACGCCUUCGGUUUUGACGAGACUGUUUUAGGUUUCUAAUCCCUUCGAUUCGUCGCAUGUUAGGGCUACGGCUGAAGCUCACCCAAUAAGAGAGGCUGGCGGGCUUGGCGUUCUGACAUGUGGAUGGGGUGCAUGAAUGACUUCAGACCCGACACAGACAUGCAAACACACACACCCUGCGCACAUACACCUUUGUUUUAUUUAGAAAUAAGCAGUAUCUGCCGUGAAUUCAAUAUUCUCCUCUUUUUGUUCUGUGAAUGAACUUUAUUAUUUUUCUUAAUAUAUGACUUCUCAUUGCCUUGGGAACCAGGGUAUUUGAUUUUUACAAAAUGGAUUCUUUUUUCAAUCACUGCAUUUAAUACACAACCCAGGAAUAGCAACAAAGAAGUAACACAAUAAUGAUAGUUUCCUUGGUUAAAUAAUUACACACCUACUGUCUUGGAGUCAGCAGUAAUUCAGUCAGCUUAUGUUGUUCAGCGUUACUAUAAGAGGAUUCUGCUAGAGCUGCAUAUUUAGUGGUCUCCUUACAGUCCUGCCUACAAGGCAUUUGUGUAGAAAGUUGGACACAGAUUUUUGUUUCUUAAAACUGAGCUUAAAAGUAAUUUUUCAUGAGUAGGCAAACUUCACUUGUGCAGUUCCCAUCUUAAACUGACCAUAGUGUUGACCCCGACAUUUAAUGUUAAUGAGGAGGAAAGAAACCACAGGAGUGUUAUUUGGUAAGAUCAUCAGUCAGCCUAUAGUUUGUUAUUGUUUCUGAACUUGUUAAAUUUUCUGCUGAAGCAGGUGGGCCACUUCACCAUGUGAUCUACAGCCUUUUUUCUUCCAUUUCAUAGCCACAUUGUUUUUCUUUUUUUUUCCUUUUUUUUUGUGUGUUAACAUCACUUGAGUAGAUUACCUAAUCAAUCCAUUAUUAAUGAAAAUUUAAUUAUAAUGUAUUUUCAUUUUGUACCAAACCCUUUUAGAUAACCUUUGAAGGGAGUAUACCAUCAGUGAACGGUAUCUGCAGUCCACAAUCAGAGACAUCAGCGUCUGUCUGUUGCCUUCAGUGUUUCAAUCUUUUGCUAAAGUUAUUUUGUGGAAUCAAUUUAAACUCAUUAAUCAACAUAAAUGGCAUUUAUGAAUUCAGUGUAGUCUUUAGUCAGGUUUCUAUCAAUGAUACCUUUUUCGUGCUUGAUUGGAACUCGGUGAUCAGAAGGUCUUGAAUUUUUGACCUGUCAAGCUCUGAAAAUGUAGGAUUGAUGAACUCUUUUUAAAAGGUUUUGAGAUGCUAAUGUGCUUUCCAGCUUUAGCGUCUGCCGUGGCCGUAGACUGAUGGUAUCUGCCCGCACAGUGAAGCGCUCCACAGGAGUCAGUUGGCCUGCCAGUAGGCCCCAAACCCCACGCCUCCUCAGGCAUCCCACCCCUGGAGAAAAAGGCAGACACCAGCCACAGCAAACUACUCUUUCACAUUGAAUUUGAUCUACCAUGCAUGGCUGAUAUAGGGGGCGAGCAGGCUUUGGCUUGGAAUUCAAGCUUUUAUUUCAGACUUUGUUUUUAAUAGCAGCAACAAGAGUCCAGGGAGGGGGGAACGUUGGAGCAUUUUUAAGCCCAAGGCUUCUGUUGGCAUGGUGUUGAUCAGAUAUACCGAGGUCUCCGUUGUUGGAGCGAAGGACACAGGCGGUUGUAUUUCCACAAUCCUCUAUGUAUAAAGAUAAAUUAUUAUUCUGAGGGUAUUCUUUAAAGUUUCAUACUGAGGCAGAUGCCUUUUUUUUUUUCUUUUUUUUUCUUUUUUAUAAAGGGAGAACACAAUUCUUGAACAUAUUCUGUUUUUAUGAAUAUGUAUUUUUUAUAAUGCGUUUUUUGCUAUUUUGUUAUUAAUGAGAUGUUUUGAUAUGUUUUGCACAAACAAGAACACCUGCUUGUCUUAAGCAGGGCUACACUGUGCCAUUCAGCUUCUUGGUUUCCUCUGGAGUGUUUGCACAGACUUCCUCCAGUUUUUGCCGACGUACUCUGUUCUCUUGCUUGCAGCACAUCCUGUCAGGAAAACAGCACUGUGCAGGCCAGGAGGGGAGUCUCCUUUUAUGGCUGCAGUCAGCACUUUGAUCAUUUGCACUCUUACUUUGUUAGAAUGCCCUCAGAAUUCAUUCUCUAGUCACAUCUUUGCCAACAGCUGUGAACUGAAGUGAGGUUUAUUUUAUUGGUUUCUUUUUCAUUAACUUCUAUGAAGUUGCAGAAAAAGACAUUUUUUCUAUUGUAUAUUCAUAUUUCAGUUGAUUAUUUUCCCAAGGGUUUGAGAGGGUGUGGAGUUACAAUACUGGCAGGCCAAUGGAUUGGGUAGAGCAGAGCACUAUUGAGAUUGACCUCAGAAUGUCGAUGGAGGUGGUGUCCUAAUUAGGUUUUAAUAAAAGCUGGUGAAGGUACAGACUUUUGGUCUUCCAAAAAGGAAAAAAAAUUCACUUCCACCACAUGUCUUUAAAGGUUCAUAUUUGAACAGUUGUGGCUUUAAUCUUUUCUUUGAAAUUGCUGAAUGUUUAAUGAUGAAUGGAAUUGCCACUCCCGUUCCAACCUAAAGGCUUUUCUUAUUUUUAUAAAAUUGUUCAACUGUAUGUAGGUGUAUUAUCUUAAGUUAUGUCUCGCUUUUGAGACGCAUUCAUUUUAUUGGAACUCCAAAAUGCAAUUUAAGCUCUUGGACCAGUGGUCUCUAGAAAUUGAGUAUAAUCCCCUCCUUGCUGUUUGAAAUCUGACCUGAUUUUGAACAGAUGACCCCCCCCCCAUCUUCUGUGUCCUUCAAUCUUGUCCACAUGUAGCUACCUUUUGAGCUCAGUAAUCUUAUCCGUCACCUGAUGUCUACAUUCUAAAGCAGGAUAUGAAGGCGUUAGAUAUCUGUGUUGGUGGGAUAGCAAUAUUAUCAAAAACGACUGUUAAAUCUAAAUAGAAACAUGGCUGUAUAGAAAAGCUCAUGCAUUUCCCUAUUGUUGACAUGGUCAGUACCACUUGGGUAUUCAGAAUAACCAAACAUAGUUGCUGGCACUGCAGUUUGAAUGCCCAGCUGGAGUUUGUGACCGCCGCCUGAUUUCUCAUUCGUUUACGUGCUAGAUUACAGCUACGUGUCCCAAGUAAUACUAUGUCGACUGGAUGCUUACCUGAUCCAUUAAUGAGUCAUUCUGACAAGUAGCAUUGCAAUAUUAAUUUCUGUGACUGGUUUAUUGCUUCCUCGUUGAGGUUGAGCAGUCGUCAGUUCUGACUUCAGUGUGAUUCACGAGCUGUGGUUGGAGUCGGGUCGUGUCGCAGGGCUGGAGUUCCAGUGAAAGGAGCCUUCGUUGAAGACUAGACCACCCUGCGUUCCCAUGGGAGCCGUUUGAACGGCUGCAUGUAGCCACUGAGUGCGGCAGUUCCCACGGCUGUGUGCACAAGGAGCAUGUCUUCAGCUUGAGCCGUGGACGCGGUACGCUCCUAGCGCUUGCGUAACCGAUCCCAUCCGCUAUUUGCGUCUGGAUUUCCUUGCGGCGACUUGAGAUGGAAGCUCAAAAGUCUUUGAAUUACUGUAAACCCGUGUGAGUGCAUAAUCCCAUCUCAGCAGCUGCUGAAAUGGUCCAGUAAUCAGUUACUUUCUUGUAAAGCAGAUGUUGGCUGAAAUGCUUAACACUUUCUUGCUAAAUGUAGCACUCACACUGACCCAGUUUUUCAUUAUUGAAUUUACUGAUUACAUGACCUUAGUGUGGCAAGGGUGGGAGUGGCCUGUGUUUUAAAUACUCAGACGACUGAAACAUCACUUCUCUAAGUUAUUUAUAGGGCAGUGAUUUCCGAUCCUUGUGUUAGUGUGCUGUAAUUCACAGUAAUUCAGCCUCCCAAGUAAAUAAUUUGUAUGGCAAAAGAUUCCCCGGCUGUGUUGAAAUGUCAAAACGAUCCGAGUCAUUGAAAAAUUGUUGUAGUUAACCCAGGAAAUGGUGAAUACGUUCACUUGCCAAGGGUUUCCUGAGAAGCCUUUGAUUUGUUGCCCUCCUGGAUGCAAGUUGACACUUGCAUUAUAAACAGUACAUUGCCACAGAAAUUGUCAGGCUUCUGAAGAUACUGGAGUCCAGUUGGUGUAGCGUUACCAAAACAGAAGAGACCAGCUCCCCCCAAGGUGGGCUCAGAACCCCCCCCCCCCCCCCCCCCACACACCCGCCCUCUCUCUGAGACCUGGAUCUCCUGUGUGUUCAGACUGCUUUCACAUGACCUGACUCUCCAUUGACGAAUCAGACAGGUGGAACUAAUAAUGUACGUUCUUGGUACAUGUCUUCUCCGGUGAUGCUUCUCUUUGACGUGUUUGUUACUAUUUUGUAGACCGACAUAUACUGGUCUCUUGAGACAGUCUACAAUCUUAAAGCACCAAUUUUGGUGGAAUUUCUUUUUAAGUAUAAUCUAUGUGUAACAUUACAAUUAUUAUUACUAUUGUUGUUGUUAUGAUUAUUGUUGUUACUAUUGCUUGGGAAAGAGCUUUUGACAUUUAAGCAAUCGUCAAGAUUGGAUAAGAAAGAGCCUAGCUUAGACAUAGAGAAGUAGAUGAAAGGCACGCCUUUAAAAAAAACAAAUGUUUUAACAUCUUUAAAGUGGUGUGUAGCAUUGAGCCGAGCUCCAUUGGCUCCAUAUCAUAUGUAUUAGUGGUUACUGUCGCAGAACCACUCCUGUAAUUACCUGGUGUUUCAUUUACCAUCAAUUGAAAUGAGUACAAAAAAAUAAAAAUGAUUCUCCAUACCCUUAGCUGGCUCUGCUUGGGAUGACUUGGUCUGCAUAAGCAAUGUUACAGUUCUAUAUCUUUCCUAUUGCAAAGGCUUUGUGUUCAUCCUGGCCGAGCAUUGCUGAAGCCUGUAUGGAGUAACGUAUUACAUGAAAGCCCCGUGGAUUUUUGCUUGAUUUUUAAACUGGGCGCAGGGUUUGGAUGAAGGGCUGAGAUUCUGCCUUGCAUAGGAAUGCUCCGGACGGUCCGGUCAUCCGGAUCUCCCUAGCAGUCGGCCCGGCCCAUCAUACGGAGUGCCUUUCAGCAGGCUCUUGACUAUAUUUAAGCUUUGGGCACACACUCGCCUGUAAAUAGUACCAUAAUGUGCAACUAUUAAUCCACUCAUUCAGAGUCAGCAUUUAUAUUAAAUGAUCUCUACAAAAUCAGUAAUGCAAACAUCUGUCAGUUAACUGGUUGCCAAUGCAGAGCUGAGAAUCGCUUGUCCUUUCUGAGACAAAGGCGUUCAGUGCCAGAAAUUGUCACAUUUGUUUACUUAACCAUUUUGUGUCUGUUCAAAAAAAUAACUUUAAUGGGGGAAGAAAAUCUUUAGUUUGGCAUGUUUUGUUGUUGUGCAGUAUUGAUUGGUGUGUGUUUCGGGUAAUAAAACUCACCGUAGCGUAAGUGGGGGGGUGGUGGGGAGGGGGCAUGUUAUCAUUCACAUUUGUUUUUCCUUAUGAGCUUGCAACUGAGUCAUGGAGUGAAGAUUCUUAUUUAAGACAAGUGUGUGGAUUUGGGCAAGCUUUGGGUAAACAGUAAUUCUUCAGAGGGGAGGAAAGCCAUGAUUUAAUUGGUUGUAAAACUAAAUUAAGUUUGGUCAAUGCAAAGCCUCCCCAAACCCAGAACAACACCAUGGACCUCCAUGGUUCAAUUGGUCUUAAAUAUGUCCCAGAUAACUGCAGUGAUAUUUUCAUAUUUAUUCUAAUGGUUGGUAUAAUUGAGCAUACAGCACUGAGCAAUUUGAUUUUAAAAUACUGACUUCAAACUGACUUUGUAGGAAAUGGUAACCAUUGGUAUUAAAUUGUUCAAGAAAAUGUAGUCAAGUAACAAAACUAUGAAUAUUUUACCUUUCCUCGAUGAAGAUUAAGUUUAACCGUCAUGUUGAUCGUCAUCUUCAGGUAAUCUGUUUACCCUUUGCUAGUCCUCCACAUUUUAUUAUAUUACAUUAUUUGGUGAGAGAAGCACAUGUUAAUUAGAUUUUGCUCUCAUUGGGAGUCAUUGAUCACAUUAGUUUUCUUUAUAGAGUUUCUUACAGAAAUUGAUAUACUGCUUUGAUACAGUUACGCCAAUUUCCCUGAAAUUAAUUUUCCUGAAGAAUGACACGGUGGACUGGAAAGCGGUGUGUGAGAUUUAUUUUCUCUGAAUACGUUUUUGCAUGCAUUGAUAGUGUGUACCCAAAGCAGUGUGACCUUAGAGGUACCGUGUCAUCCCGAUCUCCCUGGGGAUUGGCUUAAAGAGUAUUUAAUCUGAUCUGCUUGCAGUGGGAAGGUGUACCGAUUUCUGAUCUUGAUGUAUCGUCUGUUAGCUCAAGCUUGUAGUUUGAAGAUAUGCAAGAUUGGUCACUGUAUCAGUCUUGCUGUAUUCAUGUCCAGUUUUACAACAUUCACUCUUGAGAGUUGAAUACCUCUGGCCAGCUGUAAAGAAACAAAACAUUGCAAAAGAAAGGACAAACUAGUAACGUACUUGCGCAGGUGCGCGCACACAGGCACUAGUGUUUUAGCUUGUAGCUAUAGGAAAGCCACUAGGAGUUGAUUUCUGUGUGAAUAGGUGUGUCCCAGUGGGAGUGUUAUUCACUCCUUCUUUCUUUCUUUUUCCUUCGAUCUGAGCGCUCAUUGCCUAUACAAACGGAAUUAAUUGUAACAAGAUCAGGCUGUUUUUUGCAUUGUUUUUUAAUUUUAUUCCUAACAUUGGGAAAUGUAAUUGCUUUUGAUGAUUACUCCCAAGUUGUCUUGUAAAAGAUUGCUUAAAUUAAGGUACAAGUUUAACUUCAACAAGAAAAAGAAAUUUGUUUGUUUUUAUAUUAUACUCCAUUAAGGAAUGUUUAGAAUUAUAUUUCUCCAAUGUGGAUGUAGCUGUUAUUAUACCUUUUUUGUUGUAACAGAAUUCACUGUGUGAAAAUGGGUUUGCAUUUUUGUAUAAUACAAUCUGCUUCUUUUUGUUUUGUUUCCUUGAGACGGGAGGGGGUAACUAACUGGAAGUUUGAAGAAAAUAUAAAAACAAAAAAAAAAACCUGUGAAUUAAAAAAAAAAAAAAAAAAAUGUAACUUAUGUGCAACAGUGAUUCUUUACUGGCAGGGACUGUGAUUAAAUAAUAUUGUAAAUUUA